CCUCUUUCUCUUUUUCCUGUUUGGGGGUUUCUUUAGUCCAUUUUGUCAAAAUCUAUGAUCUAGUAAUUAAUAUCUGUCUUGUACAAAUUAAGAAGAUUUACAACUACAGCUCCUGAGACAAUUCUAAAUCAACACCCUGAGGUUUAGGUAUUAGCAGACAAAACAUAUAGGAGCACAUAAUGGGAAGCACGAGAGUCAAUCAUAAUGUUCCUUCACUUGUAGAUUUGUGCAUUCAGUUUGCUAUAUGUACUAUUGAUGAGUUGGCAUGCAUUGAGAAGUCAACAGAAGGGAGAGAUCUUAGCUCUGUGAUAGAUAAGCUUUGGAAGAAGUUUUAUGAGCAGGAAUUUGGUGAAGAGAACACCAAACAGGUCGUUGAGAGAAUGAAGCACAAAAAAAUCACUUUUAAGUGGAAACACAGUUGUAUGAGCUCAAGUUGUUCACACACAAAGUUGAAGGUCGAGGAGGAAGCUGAGCAAAAAUCCCUUGAAAGAAUCAAAUAUCUUUACGAAAAACAAGAAGCUUUACGAAAAACAAGAAGCUGGUAUGGGGAGAACCUCGCCAGGGGCCAGGGAUACGUACGAAGGGUCGGACGGCAUGGAGGAAGAAGAGGAAGUUGACUUCCCGGCGUGGAUGGUGAAGGCUCCAACAGCUGAGUGUGGUGACUUUGAGUUUGAGGAGGUCCUCCUUGAACGAGACGCUUCAAAGGAGAAUAAAUUUCUAUGAAGUCUUGUUUCACUCCUUUAUGUGAUACUAGUAUGUGUCAUGUUCUUUGUGUGUGGAUAAUAAUGUGCGCGACUAUUACAUGAUGAGUGUGGAUAAUUGAUUAUGUUAAGGGG